CGAUCGUCACUUCCGGUUGUAACGCUGUGGUAACGCCAAGAUGGCGGCGGGGAGCGGCGGCCCGGCGGCGCGGGAGCUUUUCGCUGAGGGGCUGCUGCAAUUCUUGCGGCCCGCCGUGCGGCAGCUGGACGGGCACGUGCAUGCGGUCAGGGAGAGCCAAGUGGAGCUGCGGGAGCACAUCGACAGUCUGGCGACAGAGCUGUGCCGAAUCAAUGAGGAUCAGAAAGUGGCUCUGGACCUCGAUCCCUAUGUGAAGAAGCUGCUGAACGCCCGGCGCAGGGUGGUGCUGGUUAACAACAUCCUGCAGAACGCCCAGGAGAGGCUGCGGCGGCUGAACCACAGCGUGGCCAAGGAGACGAUGCGCAGGAGGGCGAUGCUGGAGGCAGCAGGCGGAUACCCCCAGGGUCUGCCCAGCAAGUGAGCACCACUGCAGCACCCAGCAGGACCCACAGCCCCCCCCCCAGGAGCUGGGAUGGAGCAGGAGCAGCUCUGAGUGGGGAGGUGCCUUGCAGAGCUGGGAGCCCCGUGUUGGCAGCGCAGGAGGGAGCCCUUCACUGUGGUGUGCGGUGCUUCAGCUGCAGCAUAAGGAACUGGGGGACUCUGUUGUGUUUUUAGGCUUGUAGGCACUGUAAUAAAAGGGACUGCGUCUUGCUUACGGAAUGGUGAGGCAGUGUGUGUCACAGACACGGCCUUACAGGGUGUGCCUCAGUGGAAGCAGAGCCAGGCAGAAGCUGCCAGCACAAAAUUGAUCUCCCCCCGGUAGAGCUUUUCAAGAUUAAGACUCCCUUCCAGGUACCAGAGCUUUAACACCUUUCUGUAGCGUGCAUCUUCUCCCCAAAACAGACAGAACUCACUCAAAAGGGAGAAUACUUUAAUGUCAACCUAUAAAAACAAAUACAAGGGACAAAUGGCA